CAUUCCCACAAUUUCCACGCUCUCAGUCUCUGUAUAUAAUAAACACACUCAACGAGUCUCUCUGACCAGUGAGUCUUUACUCUUUAACCCAUCAAAAGAAAGUAGUAGACACAGUUGCUCAAAAAUGGCUUCCUCUAGCUCUGCUCUCAGAACUAUCCCUUCCUCUUCCAUGAAACUAGCCAACCCAAAAUCACUCACUCACUCCCCAACAAACUCACUCCUACCCUUCAAGCUCCGAAACCCACCACCAUCAUCAUCUCUGAAACUGAACUCAAUCUUUUCACUGCCCCAAAGAUCAUUCACUUGCAAAAGCCAGAGCAGCCCCUCAUCGGAGACUGAACGAUCCACCAAAGUUCAGGAACUUAAUGUGUAUGAGAUCAAUGAGAGGGAUCGUGGGAGCCCUGCUUUUCUGAAAUUGAGUCAAAAACCUGUCAACUCCCUCGGCGAUCUCGUCCCCUUCAGUAACAAAUUGUACACUGGGGACCUGCAAAAGCGAAUUGGAAUAACUGCUGGAAUAUGUGUUCUGAUUGAAAACAAACCAGAAAAGAAAGGUGAUCGCUAUGAGGCGAUCUACAGCUUCUACUUUGGGGACUAUGGGCACAUUGCGGUUCAGGGGUCCUAUCUAACCUACGAGGACACUUAUCUUGCUGUUACUGGGGGGUCUGGAGUCUUCGAGGGUGCUUACGGCCAGGUGAAGCUGCAGCAGCUUAUUUUCCCCUUCAAGCUCUUCUACACAUUUUACCUUAAGGGCAUUAAGGAGGACCUUCCCAAUGAGCUUCUUGGAAAGCCAGUGGAGCCCCACCCCGGUGUUGAGCCUAGCCCAGCUGCCAAGGCCUGUGAACCUCAUGCCACCAUUGCCAAUUUCACCAACUGAGAUGGUGAUAAAUUUUUCAGACCAAGAAAUAAGGGGGUGAUGAAUCAAUAAUGACUGCUGGUGAUGCUAGUGCGUAUCUAUAAGGAUUAUUGUUCUUUUGUUUCUGGUGUUUCUUUGCAGGGUUUAUUUUGGGCAUCUCUUUUGUUGUAGUAGUGGGUUUUGAUUAGUGACUAUUCCGUAAAAGAAUGAGCAUGUGAAGCAUAUGGACCUAAUUGGCAAUGAGUAUGACGGUGACUCUACAACA